AUGCGAUAAGAGAUAAGAUAGAGUUUGGGACGGUGCGCGCCCGACAUCACGCUACGCUACGCUACAACGAAAAAAAGUUGUGUUGAAAUUUGUUGCGGUGUGUUGUACACACUCCUUCAUCCCUUUCGUCCCUCCUUCAGCACCCAUCAUGAGUGAACAGGAGUUUGUUGGCCUGUUGCAGGCCUUGCUCCUGCCAGACACCGAAAAGGUGAAGACGGCCACGCAAACCCUCAAGAACCAAUACUACACCUCCCCCGCCUGCGUUCCGGCACUCAUCCACAUCAUCAUUUCCCACCCUCAGUCUGAGCUCCGUCAGCUUGCGGCAGUCGAGGCUCGCAAACUCGUCCCCAAGCACUGGGCAAAAGUUGCCGACGCACAGAAGACGCAACUGCGAGAAGAGCUGCUCAAAGCCACCACUGACGAAGAUGUGGCCCUGGCUCGACACAGCAAAGCCCGAGUCAUUGCUGCAAUCGCCCGAGUCGAUCUCCAAGAUGGGCAAUGGGCCGAGCUUCCCGCGAUCCUGCAACAGGCGGCAACGAGCAGCACGACAAGACAUCGUGAGGUCGGAGUCUACAUCAUCUACACCUUGCUGGAAACCAUGCCGGACAUGUUCCAGGAGAACAUGGGCUCCAUGCUCACGCUGUUCAGCCAGACCAUCCAAGAUCCCGAGUCAUUAGAAGUGAGGAUCAACACAAUGAUGGCGCUGUCGGAGCUGGCGAUGGUGCUGGACACCGAAGAGGAUGCAAAGAGCUUGCGCACUUUUCAAAGCACCAUCCCCCACAUGGUCAAGACGCUGCAGUCUACCAUCGAAGCAGAAGACGAAGAGCACAGCAUGCAAGCCUUUGACGUCUUCAACAGGCUGCUGUCCUACGAGUCUGCCUUUUUGAACCAACAUUUCGCCGAUCUCUUGCACUUCUUCAUGCACAUCGCUGCCAAGACCGAAGUCGAGGACGACAUUCGAAGUCAGGCAUUCAGCUUCCUCAUGCAGUGCGUGCGAUACCGCAAGCUCAAAGUUCAGAGUUUGAAGAUUGGCGAGGCGAUGACGAAGAUGGCCCUGCAGGUCACCACUGAACUCGAUGUCUUGCCGGACGAGGAAGAUGAUCUCUCACCCGCAAGAUCGGCGUUGGCUCUGCUAGACAUUCUGAGUGAGAGCUUGCCUCCUAGUCAAGUCGCCGUGCCGCUUCUCAAAGCAAUUGGCCCAUUUGUGCAGAGCGAAAACCCCGACUACCGAAGAGCGGGCAUUCUGGCUCUCGGCAUGUGCGUUGAAGGUGCACCCGACUUCAUCGCUACCCAGCUCACCGAGAUUCUCCCCCUCGUUUACCACCUGCUCGAGGACGAGUCUGUCGCUGUUCGAAGUGCAGCAUUGAACGGCGUGGCCCGUCUGGCUGACGACCUCGCCGAAGAAAUGGGCAAGGCUCACGCCCGCCUAAUCCCAGCACUGGUCAAGAACUUCGACUUCGCGGUGCAAAAUAUGCGUAAUGCCCAACCCUCGUCGAAAGACUUUGAACUCUUCACCUACAUCCUGAAAGGCUCUUGCAUAGCAAUCGAUUCACUCUUCGAAGGCCUGGAGCAAGAAGACGCUGCCAAAUAUGUCAAUGAGCUGGUCCCUCGCUUCGCCGUUCUCUUCGACAAUGACGACCACAAAGUUCAAAUGGCGUCCAUCAGCGCGGUCGGGUCGAUCGCAUCCUCAUCUGAGAAGGCAUUCACGCCAUUCUUCGGCAAGACAGUUCAGAGCCUCGGUCAAUAUAUCGACAUCAAGGACAGCAAUGAUCAACUGGAGCUUCGGAGCAUGGUGGUCGAUUCGCUCGGCAAGAUUGCUUCCGCUGUCGGCGCGGAGACAUUCCAGCCCUACGUGCAACCCCUCAUGAACGCCAGUGAGGAAGGCUUGCACCUCGAUCACCAGAGGCUCAAAGAGACCAGCUUCAUGUUGUGGUCCACGCUUUCAAAAGUGUACGAGGAGAAGUUUGACCACUUCCUCCAAGGUGUUGUCAAGAGUCUGUGGGAAUGCUUGGAGCAGGAAGAAUCCGACGAAGUCGUCUUGGGUGAAGGCGCAUCUGAUCUCGUCGGGCAGGAGGUUGUGAUUGCUGGCAAGAAGAUCAAGGUUGCGGGUGCGAACGGUGUCAACAAUGACGAUGUCGAUAGCGACGACAUUGUGCAAGCCCUCAUGGACGCCGAAGAUGACGAAAAUGAUGAUGAUGACGACUGGGACGACCUGGGCGCUGUCACUGGUGUUGCGAUGGAGAAGGAGAUCGCCGUGGAGGUCAUCGGCGACGUCCUUGCGCAUACCAAGGGCAAAUACCUGCCCUACAUGCAGAAGACGAUUGAGCUUACAAUGCCUCUACUGGACCACAGCUUCGAGGGCGUACGGAGGAGCGCCGCCAGCACACUCUGGAGAGCCUAUGCCAUGCUUUGGAAUGUUGCAGAGGCAAAUGGAAUGCAAAAGUGGCAACCAGGUUUGCCGGUGAAGGUCAAGCCCACCGCGGACCUCGCGAAACUGGGCGACCUCGUCAUGAAGGGUACUCUGGCCCUGUGGGGUGAGGAGAUGGACAGAGGCACCGUGACUGAGAUCAACCGCCACGUUGCGGCGACUCUCAAACUGUGUGGUCCUGCGAUCCUCGCCCCCGCUGGGGAGUCCGCCUCGACGCCUUUGGAACAGAUCACUGCCCUCACUGUGCUCAUCCUGCAAAAGCAGCAUCCCUGCCAAAAGGAUGAAGAUGACUUUGACGAGCCAGAACUCGCGGACCAGGAAUCCGCCGAGUACGACUGGCUGGUCAUUGAGACGGCAAUGGAAGUGGUUGCCGCGCUGUCCGCCGCCCUCGGCGAGCAAUUCGCGGAGCUGUGGAAGAUCUUCGAGACGCCUAUCGUCAAGUUUACCUCUUCGCAAGAACGCUUUGAGCGCUCUUCCUCCGUGGGCACCAUCGCGGACUGCGUGGAGCACAUGGCCGCCGGUUGCACGCCGUACACCUCCAAGCUCAUGCGCAUCUUCCUCAAACGCCUGUCCGACGAGGAUCCCGAGACGAAGAGCAACGCGGCUUUUGGCACGGGUCUGCUGUGCGAGAAGAGCACGAACGUGAAGGAGGUGUUGUCAAAUUACAACAGCAUCCUCGCGAAACUCGAACCCCUGCUCGAUGCUUCACAACAAUCUGGCGCCGCCGGAGGGAGCAGCAGCGACGAUGCGCAUGCUCGACUCCUCGACAACGCCGUCGGCUGCGUGUCCCGCAUGAUUCGCAAGAGCCCUCAACACGUUCCGCUGGAGGAUGUGCUUCCGCGGCUGGUCGAAGUGCUGCCGUUGAAGGAAGACUACGACGAGAACAAGCCGGUGUACGAGAUGAUUGUUGCGCUGUAUCAACAGCAAAAUGCCGUGAUUCAGGGGCUGACGCCGCGUCUGUUGCCGGUGUUUGAGGCCGUCCUGGGACCGCCGGAAGGGCAGCUGGGAGAGGAGACCAAGGGCAAGCUGAGGCAGCUGGUGGAGUAUUUGCGGAGAUAGAUGGCGAUGAUUGAUCACGAUGAUAAUGAGUGACGGCUGGUUUGCACUUACAACUGCAUCGUAACUCUACGGUCAGAUGACUGUCAAUUUUUUUGCCAGGCUUGAAUUUGCCCAUCAGUGUUCUUUUCUCUAUUCGUAAUCAUCGCGUUGUGAGUGGGAGCCUUGUUUUGAAGUGAAGCCAGCUGUUGUUGGUGAUUGCAUGUGUCAACGUGGCUUCACACAGUUCGUUCUGCGGAGAGCGAUAAGGGGCAAGGAGAGUGGCGAGUAGGACGACUAAUAAAUAGCAGCCACGCGAUAGGGACAGG